AGAAAGCCCCUUUUGCUGAAGGAACACAUUUGCUGGUAUAGUUUCAUAAUGUCAAGUACUUUGCCCUUUUGGAUCUUAAAAAAUUCUGCAAGGAACAGCAUUGCCACGUUACAGGGAGGCAGACGUUUAUAUUCAAGGUGUGCCUCAAAUAGAAAUAAAGCAAGAUGGAGACUCUUUUCCCAGGUACCAGGCACCGGAAAAAUCAGUGUCCCGUGCAGUGACGUUGCUCUGCAGAAAGCCUACAGACACACAUCAACAGAGGAAGAUGAUUUUCAGUUGCAGCUCAACCCUCAGCAGGUAAAUGAAGUGCUGCGAGCCGGCGAGUUGGCCCACAAGACUCUUGGCCUCGUCAGUGGAGUCCCAAAUUCAGUGUUACGGUUUGAGAGCAACCAGCUGGCUGCCAAUUCCCCGGUGGAAGACCGGCGAGGUAUCGCCUCCUGCCUACAGACCAACGGGCUGAUGUUUGGCAUCUUUGACGGACACGGUGGCCAUGCAUGUGCUCAAGCAGUGAGCGAGAGGCUCUUCUACUACGUGGCCGUGUCACUGAUGUCCCAGCAGACCCUGGAGCAGAUGGAGGGAGCCAUGGAAAGCAUGAAGCCCCUGCUGCCUAUCCUGCAUUGGCUCAAGCACCCAGGGGACAGUAUCUACAAGGAUGUCACGUCAGUGCACCUCGAUCACCUCCGCGUCUACUGGCAGGAGCUGCUUGACCUGCACAUGGAAAUGGGACUCAACAUUAAGGAAGCAUUAAUGCACUCCUUCCAGAGACUGGAUUCUGACAUCUCGCUGGAAGUCCAGGCCCCCCUGGAAGAUGAGAUGACAAGGAACCUUUCACUCCAGGUUGCCUUCUCUGGGGCAACAGCUUGCAUGGCCCAUGUGGAUGGAGUUCACUUGCAUGUGGCAAAUGCUGGUGACUGUCGAGCCAUCCUUGGGGUCCAGGAAGACAAUGGCAUGUGGUCUUGUCUGCCUCUCACCUGCGACCACAAUGCCUGGAACCCGGCUGAGCUGUCACGGCUGAAGAGGGAGCACCCUGAAUCAGAGGACAGGACGGUCAUCGUGGACCACAGGCUGCUGGGCGUCCUCAUGCCCUGCAGGGCCUUCGGGGACGUGCAGCUGAAGUGGAGUAAAGACCUGCAGCACAGCGUCCUGGAGAGGGGCUUUGACACCGAGGCCCUCAACAUUUACCAGUUCACCCCCCCACACUACUAUACUCCACCCUACCUGACUGCCGAGCCUGAGGUCACCUACCACCGGCUGAGGCCCCAGGAUAAGUUCCUCGUGCUGGCCUCGGACGGCCUGUGGGACGUGCUGGGCAACGAGGAAGUGGUGAGGCUGGUGGUGGAGCACCUGGCCGAAGUGGGUCAGCACAAGCCAGACCUGGCCCAGAGACCUUCCAAGCUGGGGCUCAUGCAGAGCCUGCUGCUGCAGCGGAAAGACCAGGGGCGCCACACAGCCGACCAAAACGCAGCCACGCGUCUCAUCAGACACGCCAUAGGGACCAAUGAGUAUGGAGAGAUGGAGCUGGAGCGGCUAACGGCGAUGCUGACGUUGCCAGAGGACUUGGCGAGGAUGUACAGGGAUGACAUCACUGUCACGGUGGUGUAUUUUAACGCAGACUCGAUAGAUGCAUAUUACAAGGGGGGCUGAGAAGCUCGCGUAUGGCCAAGGUCAACUUAAAUGCUUUGCUAAGACAUGUU